UGGAGAAAAAAUAGAAAUUUAUGAUAAUUGCUUGGAAAAGCCUAGUUCAACCAUUUACCCGCUUUCUCAAUCGAAAGUAUAUUUUGAAAUUGCUUAUGAAGAUAAAAAUAUUCUAAUAAUUCUCAAAGAACACGGGAUAACCAUGCCGAGUUUAGAUAAUUCAGUUCGUAACUAUCUUUUUCAUAAAGACCCCACGGAAUACCAGAAACAAAUUGAAGAAUUUUUUAUUGUAACUGCCGUUCAUCGGCUAGAUAAAGUAACUAAAGGUUUGGUAAUUUACCCUAAAAAUCCAGUUGCUAAAAGAAUAUUACAUAGAGCAAUUGGUGAUAAAACCCAAAUUACUAAAAAAUAUUUGGCUUGGUGUGAAGGCUCUGCCAAAAAACAUUUACCAAAUUAUGUUAGUGGUUAUUUAAGAAAAGAUUCUCGCGAACAGAAAAUGGUUUUUACUUUGAAAGAUGCAAAUUUAGAAACCCAACAUUGUGCUUUAGAAAUUAAAAAAGUCUCGCAAAAAGAAAUUUCUGCUAAGUUGCUGCAAAAAUUUGCUUCUAAAUAUCGCGGUUCGAUACUACUAGAAAUCACUCUGCAUACUGGAAGAAAACAUCAAAUUAGAAGUAUUUUAUCUUUUUUUGGUAUGCCGAUUAUUGGUGACAAAAAGUAUGGAGCGCCAAGUAUUGGCGAUACCGAAACUUCAAUUUCUAUAGUUAAUGAAAAAAUAAAAUUGUUGAAAGGAACUAACAAAAAUUCGAUUAGUUUAGUGAAGUACCAGCGAUAUUUUGAUUUUCAUAAAAAAUUAGGAUUGUAUGAAGAAUUUACGGUUUUAACCAUUAAAGAUAAUUUGCUUUUGUGCGGGAGCAUCAUCAAGCCAAUUUUGGUGAACCAUAAUAAUAAUAAAAUGGUUAUUUUUUGCCACGGAGUUACUAAUAACCGUUGGUCAUUAUUUUAUUCUAUGCACUUAGUUUUGCAGCGUGGUUAUCAGGUGGUUAGUUACGAUGCUCGUAAUCACGGAAUUUCUAGUAAAUUUUCAACUAGUUUAGGUCAAAUAGAAGCAUGCGAUUUGCAAGAUGUGAUUGCUUAUGUAAAAAGAGAAUUUCAGCCGGAAAAAAUAGGGCUCUAUGGCUUUUCAAUGGGAGCCGCGACUUGCCUUUUUUGA